AUGACCGUAUAUAAUUCGAUUUCCAUGCAAUUCAAACUAUUCUUCGAUGAACGAAAGACAUUUCUGAAAAAAAUAAUACCAGAAAUGGUGAUCAGGGCCAAAAUUCCUUAUUUUUUUGAUUUAAAAUUUAAGUUAUUUGAUGAGAAAGAAAAGGAAGAAAUUACUUCUAAUGAUGUCAAUGAGUUGCUUGGUAAAAUUGCUCAUGCUCUUCUGAAUUGGAACUUUUGGAAAGGUUACGAUGUUUCUCCACCCAUUUUUAUCAUUGAUGAAGCAAACUUGCUUAGCCAACUUGGUGACAGUUUGAAGGAAGGAGCAGUUCUUCUUAAAUCAUUUCUUAACUGGCUUGUGGCGAAUAUGAAACAAGAAAAACGUUUUCACGCUGUGCUUACCUCUUCCGAUCCAUUCUUUUUUAACUGGAUCAUAAAUCUUUUGCAUAUCCCACAUGCAACCUUAUAUAUUGUUGGAGAUUUGAGUAAGGAAGAAGCUGAAAAAUAUUUUGAAAAGCAUGUUCUUCCUCAAUAUGAAUGCAAAGAACUCGAAGGCAAUUUUGACCACGUUUGCAGAAUAACAGGCACACGUAUGCUGAUUAUUAAUAGGUAUAUUAAAGAAUACAAACUUUUCAAAGGAAAGUUUGCAGAUAGUAAAUUUUCAAUUUACAGAUCAGAAUAUAAUAAGUUGAAGUUUGGUCUUUAUCCCGAGGACUUGAAAUGUUCAGAUAAGCCCAAUCCACCUCUUUGA